UUUUAAAUUGUGCAGCGAUCGUGGAGAGUCGUUUCCAGAGGUCCUUCGCGUUUCAAAGAUUGCCUACGGAAGCGCAAUUUACGUGAUUAUUUGUUAAUAAGUCAUGUGUUAAUUAAUUGUACGUGAGUUUUCAUGGAUAUUAGAAUAUUUUUCAUUACGAGAUAUCUGUUGUGUUGCUAGUGAUAACUAAUGUGCAGUUGAAGAUAGUGGUUGGUAUGGUGAUAUCACAUGCUACAGACAACAAUCAAGAUGUCGAAAGAAGUAGCGGAAGAAUAUGCUUCGAGUCUAUCGGACUUGACCGUCAACAGCAAACCUUUGAUCAACAUGCUGACUAUACUCGCUGAGGAGAACAUCGACCAUGCUGGGGUUAUCGUUGAUACAGUGGAAAAGCAUUUGGAGAAGGUGCAUCCAGAUGUCAAGCUGCCUGUUCUCUAUUUAGUUGAUUCCAUCAUCAAGAAUGUUGGAGGAGCUUAUAUGCAGAAAUUUGCUCAAAGCAUUGUUAACAUGUUCACACGGACUUUCAAGCAGGUUGAUGAAAAGGUGCGGUCACAAAUGUUCAAACUACGUGAAACGUGGCAUGAUGUGUUCCCUGCCACAAAGUUGUACCAGUUGGAUGUGAAAGUGAAUUUAAUUGAUCCUGCAUGGCCAAUCCAAGCACAGCCGCACCAGUCAAACAUCCAUGUAAAUCCAAAUUUUCUGAAAAAGAAUGCUCCAACCACCAGUGCUACUCCAGUUCUUACUGAGGAGGAUGAAAAGAUGCGAAGCAUCCUAGCCAAGAAAGAGCAAGAACUCCUCAUGCUGCAAAGAAAAAAGAUAGAAAUGGAAUUAGAGCAGACGAGGAGGCAACUUGAGUAUGCUGAAAAAAAUGCUAAAAAGAUGGCUCCAGGAGUGAAGCCGGUUAUCCCACCAACAACAAUGCCGGUUGCGAUGGUGAACCCUGUGGUAGCACCAAUUGUGUCCACGGUGUCCCAAGUACCAGCUGAUAUUGCACCACCUGUCAACUUACCUGUAAAACAGCGGCUUGGUCCGCCUGUGAACAAAGCUGGUGGUCGCAUCGCGCCAGUGAGCGGUGCCCUCGCAUCCGCUAGACGCGAUCCACGCCUCGCUCGACUAGUCGCCCCUCCCACUACACCAGUCGCCCCGCAACCUAUCGCACCCAACGUAUUCGAUAUCAAACCUCUCGAGCGGGUCACUAAUCGCAAAAACGUUAUCACCAUCGAUGUCCGCCCCGAUGCUCCGCCCGUGCGACAUCCGCGCGAUCCCCGUCGCCGUGAUCCGCGUCUUAACAAACGUGAUGACCGCCAACGGCGGCCACCGCGGCAACGCCCUGAAGGACAACCGGAAACGCACUCCAUCCUCGAACGCCUCCCUGAAAUAAAAAGUAUCGCUAAACUCCCGCCGAUACCCAAAAUACGGCGAGAGCGAGAACCAGAUGAGGAGCAAGCCGUUGUUCCUAAAAAGAAAAAAGAUACUCGCGAUGAAAGAAAGAAAAAAAAGGACAAGGACAGUGGCUCUAACACCUUCUCGCCCGAAAAGAAAGUCCGAUCGCCGAAAGAUAAGGAAGUCAAAGAGAAAGAAGUUCCAAAAGAAACAAAAGAUAAGGAAAAGGAGACUCCAAAAGAGCAGAGGGAAAAACGCCGGCGCGAACGGCGGCUGGAACCGGAACCGGAGGCGCCGGCGCCCGUACCUGAGGAGGUCGCCUUCAAGGAGCUCAAAAAUUAUCGCAAGGAUCGUUGCUACAUGCGCCGCAACCGGGGUAAAUCGGAGAGCCCCGAGCGGCCUGCUGCCGACGUCAAUAAGGAAGCAGAAGCGUCAAGUAAGAUAUCAAUCCAUGCUAACAGAAUUCGAGGGUAGGACACAUAUGUGAUAUUAGAUUUAAGAGGGAACAUUUAAGACUGACUCUUCUGUGAUAAUAAAGUAUUU